GAGUCUCAAUUGCACGUCCAGUCUCUCUUCGCAUUGCAUCAUCGCUGCAUUGACUCAUCGCCGUUAGCGCAAUCGCAUACAUACGCACACACCAACACAGUCCACCAUGCCAGGGUCAUAUCGAGUCAUCGAACCGCACCCGUCGGUUCCUCACACCAGCCGUCCGGCUUUACAUACAGCUCGCGGCGGCGCCGGCAAUGUCAUCAACCUGAAGGGCACCAAGACCACUCCCUCGCAGACGGCCACCGGACCGGCUUCGUUGACACGCCUCGACUCGCGCGUACCUACCACCUUCAAGUCCGGUCGGGGCGGCGCCGGCAACGUCCACAGCGGCAGCGAGCGCGCCAUCUUCAGCUUUGACGAGGAGUUGGAACGCGAGCUGCGCCGCGCUGCCCCCGUCUACCACGUCGGCCGUGGCGGGGCGGGCAACACGGUCUUCAGCGGCGACGACUCGUCCAGCAGUCUCUCGCGCAAGCUCUCCGCCUGCAGCAACGGCACCAGCAGCAGCUCGGGCUCCGCGCGUGAGCGGGCUCUCCGAGGUCUGAAUAAGGGCUGGGACAAGAUCCGGGGCAUGGCCUAGGCCUGACCCUUUUGUCCUUUUUGCGAUUCGGAAUCAAUUCAGCCUCCUGCUUGUCAAGUUCCUUGCACCAAAGCGCCCUGCAAUUUGUCCUCCUGGACCAUGACUCACGACUCUUCACGACACCAAACAACAAAAGUUCUUGAUUUUCGACAAAACCCCACCUUAUUCCCGGUCUUGGCAGUCUCGAUAUUGAUUUCCACAUGCAUUCAACCACGCGUUCUUUGAAUCCUUUAUCCUUCAACAACCGCAUCAAGGGGUGUGCUACAGCUACCCAUUCCAUGAGUCAUCAAACAACUCUCAUCUCACUCUUCAACUCGAUUCUCAAACUCAAACCUCUUCAACCUGUGAUUUGAUUUUGCAUUCUCUAAUCUAAUCCUCUUCAACAUGAUACCCCAAUUAGCUAUGUUCGAACAUGACUCCAU